AUGUAUCGAUGCCUGCGAUCGGCUGCAUCACAAACACUAAACAGCCCCCCAAGCGAGGUGGCCGAAAAGUACAAUGACCAGCCAGUCCGAUUCAUCUCAGCAUCAAGCCCCACCGACAUCCAGCUCCUCAUGAACCAGACACACCUACCAGGCCUAAACAGCGCAGAAUUACGAACACUGCGCAAGAAACAAAUGCGACUCCAAAAUUCAGUCGCACUCACCCAAGAAAGCGCCUGUGAAAAUGGCCUCCAAGCGGUACACAGCCUCGCAUCAACCCUGAUCUUCGCCCAAGAAGAAGCCGGCACAGCAGUCUGUAUCCACACGAAAGGCUGGAUCCUCACUUGCGCGCAUUGCUUCGGCGAAACAGUCGAAGAGUGGACAAGCCAGCGACAGAAAUGGCUCCUGUACUACACCGGGAAAGCAGUCCAAGUCGAAUGUCACGCACGCCUGGGACGCACGACGCGAUCUCGCGCUGGCAAAGAUCAUCCGCCUCGAGGCCAACUAUGCACCAGCAGACGACAAGACAACCCCAAUCUUCACUUCCACCCCGCUGGCAACAUCCCAAACCUCCACCACCCCCAUUUUCUGCAUCGCCAACCAGGUGCCGACGACCUGGAAUCCGCCUCACGACGCAAAACCGCCUACGAUCUCAUCGAGGUGUCAGCGGGCCGACUCCGGGGCCAGAUUCCCAGUGCCGAUCCACACGACAACUCGGAGAUCGGGGUCCUGAAACACAACGCCUGGACCUACUGGGGCCAUUCGGGGGCGCCACUUUUGCGGGCGUCGGAUGGGAAUUUGCUUGGUUUGCAUUCUUCGUGGGAUGAUGCUACGAGUAUGAGGCAUGGGGUGCCGCUGGUUGCAAUUCGGGCGUUUUUGGAAUACCUUCCACGCGACGACAUGAAGUAUGAAGUGCCGGGAGGAUCCGGGGGUUGCAUGAUUGAUGCUCCCCGAGUUGUCUCCGUAGGAACAGGUAGUACGCUGAGAGAACGCGAGAUUAUCGUAAUUGACAGCUCGAACUGA